UGUUAAUCCCUCUACUUCUCUCUCUCCACCCAUCUUUUUCUUUCACUCUCUUCCCACCCCUAAAACACACAUUGAUGUAUGUAUAUAUCUAUAUAAGCAUAAUACAUGUGUGUAUGAUAUAGAUAUACACAUGUUUAUAUUUCAUUCCCCCUUUUCUUUUAUUUUAAUUCUUUUUUCCCCUCCAAUCUCGACCGUUCAGUCGUUGCAACAAAGUAUUAUUUAUUAUAAUUGAGUGGUUAUGUCGGGAAAAAGAACGUGUUGUUGGCCAGAGAAGAAGUGUGUUGGAAGAUUUAUAACACGAUAACAAAUUAUAAAUAUAGACAGAUCGGGUGAAUCUGUUAUUUUACUUGACGACGCAAAUAUUUUUAGGUCAAACAUAUUUUGUGUGGAUUUACCGCUUUUAUAACUUUAAUAUUUCGAAUAAUGGAAAUGUUUUGAAUAAAUGUCCCAGCGAGGUCGACUUUGUCUUCCUAUGUACCAGUAAUAUACUAUUAUUUUACUUGAAAAACAUUGACUUUAUGUCAAAUGAAAACUAUACAAAAAUGAGUGGCCAUAUAUGAACUAGAUUACACUCUUGUAGUGGACAGGAACAAUGAAUUGAACCAGCUCCACUAUAUAAUAACUGUCUGUUUAGCUUAGAGAGCGCAAACGGGAGUUGACAGAACGAUGGCCUUAUUAUAACUGGAUACAGUCUUGUAAAGUACACCGUAUAUGGGGAAGUAACUGCUUGCUGACUACAGUGCCAUCUAUAUUUCGCGCCAUAAUUCAAGUAGCCAUGGCGUCAACGAAACAGGAAAGUCGGAGUCACGACCAAGUGACCCAGCCUGGAAGAGCAAAACGAGAGAAAUCAGAUAAGUUUGGUCGACUGGCCGCCUUUGCCAAAUUGAAAAAGAGUAAAGAGGCUGGUGAAAAAAACAAAUAUGAGCUCUCUGAAGAUAAAGCCAUCUACGAUGUUGUUGAUGAAGAUGACUACUCUGAAAUAGUCCGGCAACGACAGGAAGAAGACUGGAUCAUCGAUGACACUGGAAUUGGUUAUGUUGAAGAUGGUCGUGAAAUAUUUGACGAUGAUCUCAAUGAUGAUAAAUUCCUUCAAGAUUCCAAAAGCAAAGGAAAUUCCAAGAAAAAGAAGAACCCCAACAUCCACCACCCAGACAGGAAACCGAAACAGAACAUUCGCAACAUGUUUAUAUCAGCCGGGACUACCAAAAAAAAGGAGAAAGAUGUGAGUGUUGAAAAAGAUGAUAUUUUGUCUGACAUUAUGGGCCAAAUCCACCAACCUGCUACCAACAUUCUUCUGGGAUCAGCCAAAAAAUCAAGUUCAAGAAAGAAGUCUGCCAACAACCCCUUCAGUGUCAGCACUGUCACCCCAACUAAACCAAAAGCCAAGCAUUCAUUAAAACCCCGAAAUAUCAUUUCUGAUGAGGAUUGUCUACCAAUUCCAAAGAAACCACGUACAGAAUCCUUUUCACCUGAACCUUACAAACAUGAGGCAGUUGGUGAAAUUUGUGAAAACGCUGCUGCAGUUAGCAUCAAUUCUGAAGAACCACAGGAAGCUAGUGAAGACUGGACUGAAGAAAAGGAAAAUGAGACCCUUGAUAAAACUGAAAUGGAUUUAAGUGGAAUUGAUUUUGAUGACGAGGAGGAAAUGUCUGUGAAGCCUGUGCUACAGUUACCGAAGAAAAAUGAGAUUCCUGACAUUGAAAGUGGAUGGUCAUUGGUAAAUGAAACUAAGACAGAAAAUGUAAAUGAUUCAGUAUCUAUGGAGAUAGAUAGUUCUCAGCUGCCAUUGACAACAGAUGAAAAUGGAGACCAGAUACUUCGUUUCUAUUGGCUCGAUGCCUAUGAAGAUAUUUUUAACAAAAAAGGUGUGGUUUACCUUUUUGGUAAAGUCUGGUAUGAGAGUGCAAAGAGUUAUGUCAGCUGUUGUGUUGCAGUAAAGAACAUAGAACGAAGAAUUCGUAUUCUACCAAGACCUACGCGAGUGAAUCUGAAAACUGGAAUAGCGACAACUGAACCAAUCACACUGUCUGCGGUUUAUGAGGAAUUCAACGAAAAAGUUGCGGAAAAAUACAGAAUCACAACGUACAAGUCAAAGAAAGUCAGCUGCAAAUAUGCCUUUGAAAUGGAAGAUGUUCCGAUCAGGUCUGAUUAUCUUGAAGUCCGAUACUCGUUUGAUUUACCAAUGUUGUAUAAAGACAUAAAAGGAGAAACAUUCAGCCAUAUUUUCGGAACCAAUACUUCUGGGCUUGAAAUACUUUUACUGGACCGUCACAUGAAGGGUCCAUGUUGGCUAAAUUUGAAGUCCCCUCAAGUUUCAAGACCUCCUGUCAGCUGGUGUAAAUGUGAGGCCUUUGUGAAAAACAUGCAGGAUAUUUCUAUUAACAAAGAGAAACUUGCAAUUCCACCUUUAGUGGUGAUGUCAUUGAAUUUAAGAACUUUACCAAACCCCAAGACUCGAGAGAAUGAGAUAAUAGCUGCAGCUUAUUUGGUACAGAAAUCCUUAGGAAUUGACAAACCUGCCCCAAAGACUCAAUUCUUCAAUGAACACCAAUGUGUAAUCUGUCAACCAGCCAAUUGCAUCUUUCCAUUUGAGUUUCGUGGUAAACUACAAAAAACACGAAAGGAUCUAAAAGUGGAGGUGGUUCCAACUGAAAGAGCUGUUCUUGGAUUCCUUUUGGCAAGGAUUCAUAAAGUAGAUCCUGAUGUCAUUGUUGGUCAUGACAUUGUUGGCUUUGAUCUGGACAUCAUGUUACAUCGCAUCAGUGUUAACAAAAUUGCUCAUUGGUCCAAGAUUGGACGCCUGAAACGGUCAAUAAUGCCAAAAUAUUCUGGUGCAAAGCAAUAUUCAUCCUGCGGCCGACUCCUUUGUGACACUAAGGUGUCUUCCAGGGAACUCGUUAGGUUGAAGAGUUACGAUCUUACAGAGCUUGGAUUGCAAAUCUUGAAAAUAAAACGCAUUUCUGUGGAUCAAGACCAUAUUCGAGACAUGUACAGCACCUUUGAUCAUCUGGUAAAGCUUAUUGAAUUUACUUUGAUGGAUGCUUCUUAUAUCCUGCGUAUUAUGUAUGAAUUGAACAUUCUUCCUCUGGCGUUGCAGAUAACAAGUAUUUGUGGAAAUGUCCUGUCCCGCACUCUUCUGGGUGGCCGUUCUGAGAGAAAUGAAUAUCUUCUGUUACAUGCUUUUACUGAGAAAGAUUUCCUUGUUCCAGAUAAACAGUUUAAGAAGAAAUUCUCUGCGCCUGAAUUUGAAGAAGAAGAAGAGGUUGCCAUAGAUAAGAAAUCUUCAUCUCGUAAAAAACCUGCCUAUACUGGUGGCCUUGUUCUGGAACCGAAGAGAGGUUUCUAUGAUAAACAUAUUUUGCUGCUUGAUUUCAACAGUCUGUAUCCGUCGAUUAUCCAGGAAUAUAAUAUUUGUUUUACCACAGUCUCUCACAAAGCAUCUUCUAGUUAUGCUGGUGAAGAUAGAAAUGUAGACCUGCCAGAACCUGGCUUGGAAGCUGGGAUUUUGCCAACAGAAAUUCGAAAACUUGUUGAAAGUAGACAGCAGGUGAAAAGCUUAAUGAAAAGUCCCAACCUCACUUCGGAACAGAUGAUGCAAUAUGAUAUUCGCCAAAAAGCUUUGAAGUUAACAGCAAAUAGUAUGUAUGGGUGUUUGGGAUUUAGUUCUUCCAGAUUUUAUGCGAAACCCCUUGCAGCCUUAGUUACAGAAAAAGGAAGAGAGAUUCUGAUGAAAACCAAAAACUCUGUUGAAAAGAUGAAUUUUGAAGUUAUAUAUGGUGACACUGAUUCUAUUAUGGUUAAAACAAAUUCUUCAGAUUAUAAUGAAUCCUACAAAAUGGGGAACGUGAUCAAGACUGAAAUCAAUAAAUUAUUUCGACUACUUGAGAUCGAUAUUGAUGGCAUAUUUAAAUCAAUGUUACUUUUGAAAAAGAAGAAGUAUGCUGCGAUAAAUCUUCAGAAGAAUUCUGAUGGUAAAAUAAUUGAGAUAAAAGAAUUGAAAGGUCUCGAUAUUGUCCGGCGUGAUUGGUGUGAUUUGGCGAAAGAGACUGGAAAUUUUGCUGUAACAGAAAUCUUAUCAGGCAAGCCCCAAGAUACAAUUCUUGAAAAUAUUCACAUGGAACUGUCCAAAAUCAGUGAAAAAGUCAACAAAAAUGAGUAUCGGAUUGAAAUGUUUAUUAUUACAAAGCAACUCACUAAAAACCCAGAAGAUUAUCCAGACAAAAAAAGCCAAUCGCACGUUCAGGUGGCCAUUCGAAUGAAUAGUAAAGGUGGGAAGAAACUGAGAGCAGGUGACACUGUCCCAUACGUCAUCUGCCAGGACAAUUCCAAUGCUUCCUAUCAACAGAGGGUUUAUCAUCCGGAAGAAUUACUGAAAAAUGACAAAUUAUCUCUUGACACCCAGUAUUAUCUGGCUCACCAAAUCCACCCUGUCAUCACCCGUCUCUGUGACCCAAUUGAAGGAACCGAUGCUGCUCAGAUUGCUCAAUGUCUUGGAUUGAACCCAGAAAACUAUCGACGAACAGUUUAUCAAGAAGAGGAGGCUGAUGACCCAUUGCUUGGAUUGAAGUCGUCAGCUGAAGAACGUUACAAAGAUUGUGAGAAAUUUGUGGUGAAAUGUCCUGGCUGUGACACUUCCUUUACAUUCGGUGAUAAAGAUUUCAGUUUUGACCACUGCCCCACUGAAUCCUGUAAUACAGCACCGAAUUCCUAUGUCAACCAAAUAAACAAUCAGCUCCUCUUUAACAUCAGAAAACACGUCAAAGAGUAUUAUAAAGGUUACAUGAAAUGUGAUGAUAGUGUUUGUGCUGCUACUGUCAGAAAGAUGCCUUUAGCUUUUAAUCGUGGUCAUCCAAUUUGUCCUGUCUGCUCUCAAGGAAUUCUUCGGUCUCAAUAUACAGACACAGUCUUGUACAACCAGCUUUGUUAUUACAAAAGUCUUUUUGAACCCAAGUCUUCCCAGACGCCAGGCAUGCCACACUCUCCUGAAUGGACAGCCAUGCAAAGAAUUCUUUCCCAAACUGUCCAACAUUAUUUGUCCAAGAGUGCCUAUUCUGUGGUCAGCCUCACCAAAAUAUUCAGGCAGCAAUGAAUGAUUGUUACUCCUUCUCCCAGAUUUUGUAUUUUAUUCCUUCAUUACGUUAUUGAAGGGCCGUUCCAUCUGUGUCAAGGGUCCAUCCACCCAUCCACACCCACCCACACAAAUAAAUAUACCCAUGUAAUCAUAUUUCUUGUGUAAAUUCAAUAUUCUGUAAAUAUAUAAUAUUAUGUACAUCUAAAUAUAUUCUCUCUCUCUCUCUCUCUCUCUUUCUGCAUGUGUAUGGUGCACCAGCAUGACCGCAGCCACUUGGCUGAAACCCAUAAACAAAUAAAUAUAUAUAUAUACACAUAUAUAUAUAUAUACACACACACACACACACACACACCCACAUACACUGAAAUAUUCUCUUGAUACUUGCAUUAAAGCUGUAUCAUUGUUUCCCAAUUAUUGUUUAUCAACAUAAAAUUACCGAAAAUAUUUCUUUAAAGUUUUUCUUUCGUUCAUUUUCCAUUUUUAUAAGAUUCCCCCUCCUUCAGUUUUAAUUCCUCCAUUCCUUACUGGUUUGUUAAACCAAUUCUCCAAAUGAGGGCUUACAUUAAACUUCUAUAACUCAUCUGUUUUUUUUUUUUAAUGCUUUCCCCUGCCCACACACACAUACAUGCGCAAUAGGGAGGACAUCUAACCAUAGAAACUAAAUCCAGACUGGAAUAUAUGAGUGAGACAUGGUCUGCAACCUCUCCAAGAGGGCAGGAAUCUCAAAUAAGAUUUUGGUCUCUGGUGUUCCAUCCAAACAUUGUCAGCAUGUACAACACACACAAACUCACAAGGUCAUGUAGUGUAAACAAAUUUAUUUUAUACAAAUAUGAUGAUAAAAUUAAUGAAAAAAUAAAAUAUUUAUUUUCAUUCA